UCCUGAACGCGUCUCCGGGCGGUAGUGUUUCUUUUUCUGCUCAGCUCCACUCGCUCUUUCUCACGUUUCUCAUUCUGGAGUCACUUUCUGCUGCGCCCUGUCGCUUUUACCCCACUUCUCUGCGCGGGUUUAGUCACCGAUUUAUGCAAAUACGAGUCUGGGUCCGCCCCGCGUCCAAAGUGCGCGCUCGCGGGUUGAGAAGCAUGUUAAAGGGCACCGCUCCUCCCCGCGGCGCCUUUCCCUCUCCUGCCUGCCCCGGUUUUACCUCGGUGCCGUUCUGACCCGGUUUCCGCGCAGGUUCCGACCCGAAAAUGGAGCGUGCCGGCGGCGGAGCGGAGCCGAGCCGCGCGCAGAGACGCACGGUGAUCUGGGCCACGUACGCCAUCGCGACUCUGGACAUUACGUGGAUGUUUCUGCAGUUUUCAGUGACUCCCUUUUUGGCGAAGAAGUUGGGCUUUGACACGCUGUGGUUCGGAUACCUGCAGACGCUGGUGGGAGUUUUGCAGCUCAUCGGAAAUCCGCUGUUUGGGAGGUUCGGGGAUCUGUUCGGGGCCAAGGCGGCUCUGACUCUGUCCUGCGGAGCCAACGUCGUCUUCUUCCUGCUCCUGGCCUCGGCGGAACAUCCCGUCAUGCUCUUCAUCCACAAACUGCCCACGCUCUUCAUGCACGUUCUGCCCGCGUCUCAGAUGGUGGUGACUGACCUCUCGGAGCCCGACAGGAGAGCAGACGCGCUCUCCAAACUGGGGCUGUGCUUCGGCGUCGGGAUGCUGACGGGCUCCACGCUGGGAGGGCAUCUGAACACACUCUACGGAGAGAAGGUGACGGCGUGUGUGGGCGCUGUGGGCGGGGCCUUCAGUCUCCUCCUGGUCCGAAUGUUCAUCCCGAAAAACACCAAAGCUCCAACCAAAGCCAAGACCGAAGGAGAGAAGAAGUCCCUGUUCAGUUUGGGGGAGAUCACUAGAUUACUCAAGUAUCCGGGAGUCGUUCCAACUUUUAUUGUGAAAAUCGUGGCAGGUAUUCCCACAGGGAUGUUCCAGUCGAUGUUUAUGAUCAUCGCUCUGGACGUCUUCAAACUGGACCCGAAAGAGAACGGGUACCUCAUGGCUUUCUUCGGGAUUUCCCAAAUGUUUAUCCAGGGGGCGGUGGUGGGUCGACUCACAGCUCGUUUUAAAGAACCCACCCUCCUCCUGAUCUCCAUCGUCGCCUCUGCAGCUGUGGGGCUCGGACAGGCGUACAUGCUUCACUCUGGUCUCUUAUUUUGA